AACCACGCGGCCACUACAAAGCAACAACAAUAGCACCAUUAGCAGAUGUCAUCGUGCGUGCGACAAACAAAAGCGAAGGAAGAGAUAAAACAGCCAGGCAUGUCCGAGCCGUCUCAAUCAUAUCAGCACUACCUGUUCCUCCAGUCGCGAACCCACCCUCGCCCAAAAUGGUCGCUAUUUACGUUCUCUUGUUCGUUCCUGUGAUCCUGGUAGCUUCGGAACAUUCUGGAGCGUACUCCUCGCCUCAGUAUGCGAAGAAGUUGUAUCCGAAGUUUGAUACUAACGCGCUUUUACCUGACGAGAAGCCUCCGUUACCGUUCAAGAGGCAGAUCGACAGAUAUGAUAGUGAUGGGAACGAUACGACGCAGUACGGGAGGUCGUCGUUGUUGAAGUCGGCGGGUAGCUUCCUGAGCGGCGCCGGUGGACAGGUGUUGACGAACUUGGCGAAGGAAUUUGUUGGGCGUUCGACUGGUAGCAGCCAGGUUGGUUUUGACUGCGUCUCGCAGGUCCUAAGCUUGAAUCUCACAAAUUUGGUGAUCCUGAUCGUGCUGAAGGCGUUAAUCCUGGCUGCUGGUUUCUUCGGAGCUGGAGCUUGGAAAGGCGGUCAUCACUACGCCAGGAGUCUUGAUGACAACACCAACGCGUCAUACAUCACGGAGGACGAGAUCCUGCUGUACCUGAGCUACCUGGCGGGGCAACAGAGCCGAGACUACGGCUGCCUGUACCGCCUCUCGUGCAAGAAGCCCCAGCAAGCUGCACUUUAUUCAUCGGGGGCGGAGAUUCUGCUGCAGGGAGCGAGGUUGUUGCAAGGGAACAGCAUCGAACUGGAGCCAUACGAAGAGGUGUCAAAAGGCAUCAAGCAAGCGUCUGCCUGGGGCGAGGAAGGCAUGAACUGCGACACUCACUACCAGUGUGAAGAAUAACCUUUAAA